AUGCCAAAUGAGAUUCUGAUAAUGAUAAUGGAUAGUUUACCAGCGAUUCAUGUUUUAAAUUCAUUUUUCUGUGUGAACAAACGUUAUCAUCAGAUAAUUCGGCGAUAUAUGCAUCAAAUCAAUUUGGCAGAUGUCGAUCCGCAUAUUAAAGAAUAUUCUUGCAGCACGUUACUUCCAGCUAUUAGACUAAAUAUUGAAAGUUUAAUAUUAGAUGAUAUUGAAACAUUUCAGAAAAUACUUUCAUUCAAUUCGAAGACCAUUACUCAAUUAUUUCCUUAUUUGAGACAUUUUGAAAUCGUGAAAUGUUUUGAUGUCAAUCGAUUGUCUAAAUGUUCUAUUCAAUCUCUUCGAUUAUUAUUCAGUUUGAAGCUUGAAAUAACUAAUUUAAAAUCCGAUGCAGAAUUUCGUGAUCUAUUGUUUUGUGACGAAUCAAGGAUCGAAAUUUUAAAUAUGAAAUGUAAUGGAUCAAUCGUUCAACUACAAGAUCAGCAACAAGAUUCUUCGCGGACGCUUCGAAAACUAACACUCACGUUGCAAAACUAUAAUGAUUUUCUUUACUUACUGAAUUACAUGCCAGCACUUGAAUAUUUAGACGUUAAAGCUCAUAAUAUUAAUGAUGGAGAAGAUUUGAAUUUAAUUACAUCAAAUAAAUUUCAUUAUUUGACUGAAUUCCAUUUUAUUUUGACGAAAAUGACCAUGUACUUUAAUCGAAUUAAUUCUCUAUUGAGUUUAUUCUAUAAAUUAGAGCGAUUAUCAUUAAAUAUAAUGUGUUUCGAGUGUCAACAAUAUAUCGAUGGUUAUUAUCUUAUCGUAUGCUCACUUACCAGGAAACUGUUAGGGAGAAAGUCACGAUUUUUUCCGAAGCUCAAAAAUUUAAUUGAUUUUGAAUUUUAUUUAUUAUCUAUUACAUCGUCUGAUAUUAUAAUUAUGAAUCCGACUACUGCGUAUGUCAUAGAAACGUUUCAGUCGGAAUAUUGGCUCAAAACAGGAUGGAAAAUUGGCUGUUUUGUAAAUCCGGUUCGAGAUGGUCUACGUUUUGAGUGUCAUGUAUUCAGUUUACCGUUUAAAUACGAACGUUUCAGCUUUAUGCCGGAUACAUUUCUGAAUUAUAAAAAAAAUUAUUUGACCGUGAUGGCAUGUUGUAAUUGGAUUAAUGUUCGAUUUCUAUUUUUACAUGAUGUUAAUCAUCGACAAUAUUCGGUUGAAUUUUUUAAACUAAUUGAAAAGGAAUUUAUUAAUUUAAAAACGCUCUUCAUGAACAAAGAUUGUUCGUUAAAUGACCAGCUGAUACAUGAUCGACGAUUGACAUUAAAUACGGUGAAUGUAUUAGCUGUAGAUGACGAAAAUAUGAGCAAAGACUUUGGUAAACGUAUGUUACUUAUGGUACCAAACAUUAAGAUAUUGAUCAUAUGUUCUAGAAAUCUCAUGGAGAUUACAAAUAACUUUAGUGACCAGGAUUUGCGAACAAUUUGCUCGAAUAUACUUAAAGUUGGUCAUUCAGACGAUAAUGGGAAUUUAAUUCAGUCAAAAGAAUAUUUUGAGUAUUUUCCAAAUCUUCUUAAGUAG